AAUUUUUCAUUUCCAAAUAAAGACUGAAUUUUUUUUUUUUGGUUAUUGAAAUAAUUCGUCAAUUGUUUUUAAAAAUAAUCUUUAUUGCUGGUAAAUGAAUCUUUAAUUUUUUUAAAAAGUUUAUUGGGCGCGUAAAUUUUUUUUUAUUUAAAAAUUUGAAAAAGAGAAAAAAAUUUUUGAAAACUUUUUCUUUUGUCUUGUGACUUAAAAACGUAACGACGUUGACAAGCUGUCAACGUGUAUCUUUAUUCUCGACAAUAAAAAAAAAUUGUGUCAACAACUUACUCAUUAAUAUUUUUAUUCAAAAAAAAAAAAAAAAAAAAAAAAAAAAAAACAUAUUUACAGAUAUAUAUAUAAAUUAAGUUUUUAGAUGACAAUUAAUCAUAUGACAUUAAAAAUAACUAUAUCUUCUAAAAUAUCAAAGUUACAUAAAAAUUUAUAAGGAGCAUUUUUGUAGGGAAUUGAAUUCCCUACAAAAAUUAUCUCAUAUAUUUUUAUCAUAUUUUUGAUAGUUCACCCAGAAUAUUAAUUUUAAAAAAUUCAACCAAAAAAACGUUUGAAUAUUUCUACACAUUUUCAAAUUACAAGUCACUUGAGUAAUUAUAUCUACUAAAAUAUCAGUUACAUAAAAAUUGAUAAGGGUCAUUUUUAUAGAGAAUUAAAUUUCCUACAAAAGUCUCCUGAUUCAGUUUUCCCAUAUCUCCAAUAGUUUACCCACAGCAUUAAUUCAAAACUUAAAUCAAUAAUUUGAAUUUUCAAAAAAUACUUCAACUCCAAUUAAAUUUAAAAACUAAAAAAAAAAAAAUUUCCAUAUCCAUUUGAAAUAAAAUAAUGUAACAAUAACAAGUUCCCAAAAAUUUACAAAAGAAGCAGUACUUGUUUUCCAAACUAAAACUGAAUUUUAAACAGUUAAUAAAAUAAUUAAAAAUAAAAAUACCAAGGAUAUCCGUUUGCUGUAUAUUAACUAAAGAAAAACAAUCUAAAUACUAAUAUUAACUGUUGGCAACAUAUAUAUUUAACAUACAGACAACUAUAACUAACAAACCAAAGCAUUAACGAGCUCUUAAAGUCUAGUCAACCAAAAGAAUACCAUUUGGUAGCAGCUGUCAUUCUUUUUAUUUUCUUUGAAUCUUCACCUAAAAUUCAAAAUUAUCAUUAAUUUAUUUAAUAAACUACUCAUUUAAAUUUAUUAAUUACCACUACCCUUAAUUUUAAUUAAUUAAUUUAUCUAUUUAUUAAUUAAUUAAUUAAUUUUAAAGAAGGCGGUACUUCUUUAAGUUGGCGUGGCUACUUUUGUAUUCGACCAAUAGCUUAUACUGUUUUAAUACUAAAAAUAUACACAGUAUGAUAUAUAUGUAUAUAUGUAUAUGUGGGUGCAAAUGUAUGAAGUAGUAGGAGAAGUUAUAUACUUGUCAUUGAGUCUUAGAAGAUAAUGUUGAGUAAGAAUUGCAAAGAUUAACAUCUUGAUAAUUAUUUUAAAAUUUUUUGAAUUAAUUUAUUAAUUAAUUAAUAAAAUUAGUGAUGGAUAAAUUAAAUAAUUUGAAAAUAGAACAACGAUUAAGAAGUCCUAAAUGUGCUAGAUGUAGAAAUCAUGGAAUAAUAUCAAGUCUUAAAGGACAUAAGCGGUCUUGCAGAUGGAAAGAUUGUAACUGCCCUUGUUGUCUGCUUGUUGUUGAGAGACAAAGAGUUAUGGCUGCUCAAGUUGCUUUGAGAAGACAGCAACAAAAUCAGGGUAUUAAUGGUAAUUUUUAUUCAACUAAUGAUUCGAGACAGACUAUUGUUAGGAAGUUGAAAAAUUUUCGGAGUUUACAAGUUACUUCGACGAGAAUUGAUUUGCAUAAUUUUUCAAAUCAAGAUUUUCGGGAUUCAAUUUUCCGGUUGGCAAAUGAGGAUAAAUAUUUAACAAACCCGAGUCCAAGUACGUGGACUAGUAACUUGGGUACUCAGCCUGAAAAUAAUGCAUGUAAUGAAUCUAUAACGCAAUUAAUACAAACGACAAAGGUGAAUUAUCAAGACGAAGAAAUAAAAAGUGAAAAUGAUACACAACAGCCCCGAUUAUCUUUUAGUGUUGAAUCAAUAAUUGGUACUCGAUAAUUUAUUUAUUUAAAAAAAAAACAUUUAUUUAUCUAUUUACACUAUUAAUUAACAAUAUAUAUAUAUA